UCCCCGCACACAAGCAUACACAAACACGCACUCACACACACUCUGCGAGCUCUUCUCCGACAGAGGGGAGAGAGGGGAUAAACAGAGGGAGAGACUAUAGGAACGCAGCGGCUCGUGUGUGUGUGCGCGCGCGUGUGUGUUUGUGUGUGUGUGAAGGUACGCUCGCUCGGUGGUAGAAACGACUGGCGGGGCGGAUAUGGAGGGGCUCGGGAGAAACGCUGGGAACUGACCGAGAACCGAGACGAAAAAUAGGGAAAGAAAGAAGAGAGAAAAAAGGACGGACGGAAAGAAGGACGGAAGGACGGAAGGAGAGGAGGAGAGAAGUCUGACAGAGGAGAGGAAGACUGUGAAGAAGGGGCUCGUCUGGAACACAGAAAGAUCCUAAGGAGUGAGCCCUGGGCUGGAUGGGACCCACCAUGCCCCCCAGUAAGAAGGCCCAAAGCCCCAGUAGUGGCGCCAGUGCCUCGCAGGGUAUGAGCCCGCCGUACCGACAAGGGGACGCCGCCACGGCAGCAUCCGAGGCCGAGGCAGCCGACCUCUCGCUGUCCCUGUCCGCCUCCUUCUCCAAGGCCGAGGACGAGGAGCUCACCAGCCUCUCCUGGCUCCACGAGAGCACCGACCUCCUCAACAGCUUCAGCCACUCGGGGCUUCGUAGCGUCUCCCCCCUGCAGGACCCCGACGGUCAGCACUCGCGCUCGCCCUCCUCCUCGUCUCCUUCCCUGGAAGACGCUUUGCUCGGCGACGCACAUUCGUCGUACGACUUGGCGGCGGGAGCCAACAGAAAACCGCCGUACUCCUUCAGCUGCCUGAUCUUCAUGGCCAUCGAGGACGCGCCAAACAAGCGGCUGCCGGUGAAGGAUAUCUACGGCUGGAUCCUGGAGCACUUCCCUUACUUUGCAAGCGCCCCCACAGGCUGGAAGAACUCAGUGCGCCACAAUCUGUCGCUCAACAAGUGCUUCAAGAAGGUGGACAAAGACCGGAGCCAGAGCAUAGGCAAAGGCUCUCUGUGGUCCAUAGAUCCCGAGUACAGACACAACCUGAUCCAGGCGCUGAAGAAGACGCCGUAUCAUCCUUACUCACCCGGCCUGGCCACCCCCUCCACCUCCCCACCCACCCUGCCUCAGACAUUUCACCACAGUCCUCCAUUGUGGUCGGGAAGUCCCCUCUUCAGAAAGAACGGAGGAGUUCUCCUACAAGUUCCCCGUGGUGUGAUCCAAAAUGGCGCCCGUAUCCGUAGCCAGGCAUUCUUCCCUGUGAUAAGACCCCUACCUGUAAGCCCUGUGGGGAGCAGAACCUCAGCCAUAAGAUCAUCCCUGGGAGAUUAUCUAAGCCGAGGACAGGACAGCCCGUCCCGCUACUCCCCGCCGCUCUGCAGUGAGGACCUCCAGGACGACCACACUUACAGCACCGCCAAAUCCCCCAGCAGGCUUUGCUCCCCUUCCUCCGAGAUGGACGACGACGAAGACGACAUCAUCGCAGUGGAGAUCCAAUCGGACGUCAAACCCGAGCCCCGGGAGAUCCCGCUAGAUUCUCACAUCACCUCCGCCGCCGCCGCUGCUAACUACAUUUCCCAGCAGUCCCUACGCGGACAGAGACGUAGCUCGGGGCCGGGCGCUGGGACUCUGGCAGGGAGCAGUUUGUGGACCAAAAACCGAGCGAGGGGCAUUAGCGACACGCUGCCCCUGAAGAAGCGGCGCGCGGCGGCGGUGGAGAAGCCGCCGGAGAGCGACGACGAGGAGAUGAAGGAGGCGGCAGGGUCUCUGCUCCACCUGGCGGGGGUCCGAGCCUGCCUCAACAACAUCACAAACCGCACCGCCAAGGGCCAGAAGGAGCAGAAAGAGGCCCUGAGAAACUAACACACACGUAGUCAUGCAAAAUGGACGCUACACACACACACAUGAACACACAUACACAAAUAGGUCAACAGGUAACUACAGCAUUAGUCUCUACGGACACGUCUCAUCUCCCUCUAUCUAUCUGCAGGGCAUUAGGUGAAUCCUACUUAUUUGUGGCAAUAUCAAAAAUCUAUGUUUUCCUACAUGUUCAGCAACACUAACAUCGAUGGGUAUUUCUCAUGUGUCUCUGUUGUUUUCGUUGUUUAAAAAGGGGAUGAAAGCCAUACAAAAAAACACAACAACGCAUGUUUUGUCACUAAUUUGGACGACGCGACAAAACCAAAUCACAUUGAGGAGCGCGCAGUGCACGAACACAAAGGAUGGCUGUUUGUCUUACCUGUUUGUUUCUAUGUGAAUCUGUAGCAAUUUCGCAGUGAUGCCAGCAAAAAAAGACGACGGCGGCGGAGCCUUUUUCAAAAACGAGACUUGGCGCUCUUCCCCGGGACGCUCGCUCGCAUCACUUCUCCGACAUCCACGAGCACAAAUGUGAGACUGUGCCAAAGAUAAAGCGACCAGGUUGCUUCAUGUAGCCGAUUACGACAGCUGACAAAAAAUGAAAAAAUAUAAAGAAGGCAUAGCGGUAAAGAAGAGCUAAGGGAGGACGACCUCAAGCGUCAAAAAUAAUUGUAAAACCCAAUGUGAUAUAUAUUCAUGCACUUAAGAUUAUUUAACACCACUUAUAAUAGAAGCAUCAUGGGGUUUAUUUCAAGAGCACUCAUAGUAUUUAAGAAUAGAUAUUUUAAAAUGAAAAAAAAAUGGUCAUGUUUAUCACCAUAGAGAUGGAUAGUGUGCCGGGUCUGAGGCAAUAUCUCCUUCAUUUUGUUGUUGUUGUUGCAUAAUGUAAAACGUCCCUGAAUCUUCCCCAGUACUUCUGUCCAUAGACGUAGACACUUGGUAUAGAUAUGGUAGCUACCAGUUAGCUACAACCACCUUCCUAUUCAUUUGACAAUGUCAAAGAAACUAUAUACAUGAACUGUGGGUUUUUAGAUUUCUGUUUGUGUCUGUUUACCCUCACUCUUCCCUCAUAAAGAUAUAAGCAAUUUGUCCCACGCGGGCAACUCUGUAAAAAGGUUAGAAAAUAUUUUAUUUUUUUCCUUUCUUAAUUGAAGCAAUUUGACCUGCAGGACUUUCUCAGUUAUAUUGCAUGGGUGCUUGUAAAUAAGAUAAAAAGCAAAUCUUUUUUAUUCAAAAAUCAUGUAAGAUAAACAAUGUAUUUAGCAUGAAGCAUGACUUAUUUUCAUAUAAACCUUGAUCCUAGAGGAAAGAAAAAAAGUUUUGCCGCCAAUUCUUAUACCCGUGAUUAUAAUGGAUUAAUUUUGUUUGUUUUUUUGUUUAGUUUGAAUCUUUUUGGGUUCUAUUUUUCCUCUGAGCGGGCUUUCAAAGACACGUCUUCAGGGAGGAGCGGGGGGGAUCACUCUGCACCUCUCGGGCUUCGGGUUCAGGCUCUGUAGGCCAGCUGGAUCACCUCUUAGGGUGGGCUUCCGUCUUCUUCUGCCUGUACAGUGAUUUUUAGGUGUUCAAUGUUAACCCCAGUGUUAUUUCAGAACACAUCUGUAGAGUGUGUGAGUUUGUUUGUGUGCCCAGGAACACACACCCUUUAACAUUGUGCCUGCCUGCCUGCCUGCCCUCAGUACCUCUGUCGUCAUGUCCCCCCCGACAUGUCAGAACGUUUCACGUCUUUAUUUAUAACAGUAUUGUUUACUUUUUCUCUCCUGUGUGUAAAUGUACAUGUGUCCUUAUUUUCCCAUCGGCAUAGUCAGUGUAAAUGUUUGGAUCGGACGGGCAUGGGAAACUUUGAAAGAACCUCAUAUCUCCAAACGUAGGUGUUGAAAAGAAAGAGGAAUGUAGGAGAUGGCAUCGUUUUUUUAAUUUACAAACAGUAUUGUACCCUUUGAUUAAAGGAAUCACUUGUGGAUGUCAAGCUUGUAUACAUAUUUAUCUCAAGAGCUCUGUCUGGAGGUGUUUAUUUAAAUAUAUUUUGCCAAUCUACAAGACAAUAUCAUGGAAAUCCACAAGGGUCAGUUGGGGGCUUUGACAUUUUUGCAUCAGAAGUGAUAUAAAUACCACACUGCCAUAGAGUGGUGCGGUGAUGACGUAUUUCUGUAGGCCGACCGGGAAGUUAGCAUAGCAAGGGCUCCCUCGACAAAAAACAAUAGGAUUUUUCCAUUGGAUUGUGGAAUAUUGCAGAAAAUAAGAUCUGUGGCAAACACACAUGAAAUGUAUAAUUUUUGUUGAGCAGUAUUAUCUCUACAAAUUAACACCCCUUUGAUGAUUUUUAGAGCGUCAAUUAAGUAAAAUGCCAACAUUAUGCUAUAAAGAAAACUACAUCACGCUCGCAUGACUUUACUUCACUACCGCUAAGCUAACGGCGGCUAACGUUCGACCUGAUGACGAUUUGUAGUUUUUUGUUUUAAAGAAAUCGCAAUUUUUACGAUACCAGUAGAGUUUUUUCUGACUUAUUUUAUGUCGUAAAACACAACCUGAACAUCUCUUAAGCUUGUGUUCACCACAGAUCUUAUUUUAGGCGUCCAAAAAGACGUUUUUGCUAACUCAAUCCUGGGUUUAAGGACUCAUUCCUGCACCACUCUAUUAUUCCGUAAACAGUAAUGCAUAAAGUAUUGAAUCCCCUCCACUUGCAGCUUUUCAGGAUAAAAUCAGGCUGGUUUUUGGUUGUAGCAGCAGUCACAAGUUUUAUUUUGUUUUCUUUGUCGAUUGAUAGUCAGCGAGCCAAGCAGGCAAACAAAUGCAUGUCCCAUCCUCCGGUACAGUCUUUUGCCACCUGUAGCAUGCAUCACUGGCUUCGCAUUUGUAUGGUAUCCAUGCCGACAUAUUUAAAAAAAGGCUAAAAGGAGACACUGUCUUGUUGUGUGCCAUCCGUCUCUCGUCUGAUAUCUGUCAGAGUGCUCCCGCAGCCCAGGUCAAGCACUCUGCUGUAUUUGUGGCAACAAUCCACUGUUGUGGUGACUAAUAACGUGUUCAGCUGGCAAGAGGCAUGUCGAGGGGGAACAAAAUCCACCUUUUUCCCUCUGACUCACUCGGUGACAUGCAGGAGGGAUGAACUCCUGACCUUUGAGUCCUGCAAAAACACACAAAUAUACUAUUAAAGCAAAGGAAAUAUACUUCACUGCCUAAAAAGCCCGUUAAAACAAGUGUUAGUUUCAAACCUGCCAAACAUACAAAUGAAACUCUUAAAAUAUACAGUUGCCAUUUUUUUUUUUUUGUUAUGCGCGUUUUCAUGUUCUGUUUUGUUUUUCUCUCUGACAAAAUUAUCUACAAUACUGCCAUUUUUUUUUUUUAGUGACUGUCUGAGUAUUGGAAAGCCAUAGGUUAGAGAUGUCAAAAUGCAAAACUGUUAUUGAUCUGUGAGAUGUGAUGCAGAGUGCUCCCGGGUGUAGUUGUUUUUUUUUGUUUUUUGUUCAGUUAAUGUUCAAUUCUCUCCUUAUUGUGCAAUCAUAUUGCCAAAGAAUGAUUUCAAGACCUAUUUCAUCACUACAUGUAAAUAUCAACGUUGUCCAAUACCGUGGCAAAAAAUAUAUAAAUGUUGUUUUAUUUUGUUUUCCAUUUUCUGAAAAACUGCAAUGAUGUUUAUGUGAUGUAUUGUCUUCCAGUUGGUUGCAAUAAUAAAAAAUACAAGUUGCAGAA